AUGAUAAAACGGUAUUCCUUGAAUUGUGUGAAACUGCUUAAGAAAUAUGGGAAAAUAGAUGUAGUUGUAUGUAAUGCUGCUGUGAAUCCAUCUGUUGGUACCAUUUUACAAAUGCAAGAGUCUGCUGUUGACAAGCUAUGGGAGAUCAAUGUAAAGUCCUCUGUACUACUCUUAAGGGACGCAGUUCCUCACAUGAACAAAGGCUCUUCAAUUGUUUUCAUUGCCUCCAUUGCUGCAUUUGCUCCAAAAUCUCCCUUGGCUUUGUAUGGAGUUUCUAAGACAGCUCUUCUUGGCCUUACUAAAAUUCGUUUUGUUAUAACUCAGGCCCUUGCAGCCGAGAUGGCUUCAAAUAUCCGAGUGAAUUGCGUUGCUCCCGGUUUUGUGGCAACACAUUUUGCAGAGUACUUAGUCACAAGUGAGGAUAUGAGGAAGGGUAUUGAGAAGAAGACUUUACUUGACAGGCUUGGAACCCCGGAGGACAUGGCUGCCGCUGCAGCUUUCUUGGCAUCUGAUGAUGCUUCUUACAUUACUGGAGAAACUUUGGUGGUUGCAGGUGGCAUGCCCUCUAGACUUUAG